AAGAGAAGCAUAUCUAUCGUAUUUUCGAAAUAUUUGUCGUUAAUGGUUGAUUCGAAGGUAAAGCCACGUGAAACGUUACUAAUCGCGCAUGUGCAUUCACGUGAAACAUUUUCGUUUGACCUUGAAAUGGAGGAACAGUCGCAGAACGUCGAAGGACCAUCAAUGAACUCUUCUUCUUCUUCUGCAGACGGUCCUGAAACGAAAGAAGUUCUAAGCUUUAUGAAAACUGGCAUUUGUUGGGAUUGUCAGUUUUGGGAGACUCGAGCUUUUUGCUUCUACAUUACACCAAUCAUCUAUGUCCAACGCGAAUCUGUAUAA